AUGACCUCGCCAGCUGCAUUGGAGCGUUCUUCUCGAGCCUACACGACGCUGGAGGCUACCGCCUUACACGAGUCCGUUCCUCCAGACCGCUGGUGCGUCACGCGCUCGGACUUGAAGUACUUGGGCCAGGAGGUGCAGAAGGGCAUCAAAGGAGGGGCAAUCCGCCGACCUGACGAUGGCAGCGACGAUUUUAAGGUCUCUGACACGCUUUAUGGUCCAAGCAUCUAUACAGUGAACAAGCAGCACAUCAUGCCAGUGACGGAGAAGUUCGGUAAAGUGAGUUGGGCAUUGUUGCAACAUCCGGAUGGUUUGGACUGCGAUCUCUUUAUCAGCCAUGCUUGGCAGGAGGGCGUUUUCGAGUUCCUUUCUAAAGUGUUGCAUUCUUGGCCUGCAAACGCACGACACGCCUGGUGCUGCAUGCUGGCCAAUCCUCAGAAUUUGGACAUCGGUGUUUUGUUGCAGUCUCCCAGCAGCUCACCCUUUGCGGUGGCACUCAAAGCCUCGACAUGCGUUCUGGUGGUACCAAACCGCCACUGCAGCAUCUACACCAGGCUUUGGUGUGGCUACGAAGCCUUUCGAGCGCAUGAGGAAGGCCGGAGCACGAAGCCAAAGAACUGCAUACUAAGGGAGCCUUAA